ACAGUGCCAAUGUGCGAGCGGACAUAAUAACAAUAAAGAGGAAGUGUGUGUGAAAAACGAAGAAGUUAAUAAACCUGGAUAAUUGCACCUGAAAGAAUCUGUGUUUUAGUGAUUUUUUGUUGAAGGACAAUCGUGGGAUAGCUCAAAUAUUAAAAUUCUACAUAACUAAGGAUCAUGCAAAAUGGGGGUUGAGAGGUUCUUCGCAGCAGUGCUACUGGUCUCUUUAGCCUCUGCCGCACUAGCCAACCAACGAUGUUCGUAUAUUAUCGCAAUACCAAGACCGGAGACUCCGGUACUGCCGCCUAUUGAUUACGAAGGAAAAUCAUGGAGUGAACAGCCUCUAAUACCCGGCCCGACCCGAGAGGAAGUAUGUAUGGAGAACUUCUUACCGGAUCAAAUGAUUCAGGUCAUAUACAUGGAGGAAGAAAUCGAAGGAGACGUCAUCAUUGCGAAGCUUAACUAUCAAGGGUCCACCACGCCGGUGCUGUCGAUUAUGUCAGGCCAGCCCAGAGCCCAGCUGGGCCCCGAAUUUCGACAGGAUGAAGCAGACGGCCAAUGGAGCCUUGUUAUUACGCAAAGACAAGACUACGAGACAGCAACCAUGCAGAGCUAUGUGUUCUCAAUCCAAGUGGAGGGUGAAUCACAGUCCGUACUGGUGGCGCUGGAGAUAGUCAACAUCGACGACAAUCCGCCCAUCCUGCAAGUGGUCAGCGCCUGCGUAAUUCCAGAACAUGGCGAGGCUAGACUGACCGACUGCGUGUACCAAGUGUCAGACCGCGACGGUGAAAUCAGCACCCGCUUCAUGACGUUCCGUGUCGACAGCAGCAGGGCUGCAGAUGAAAGCAUCUUCUACAUGGUUGGAGAAUACGACCCCAGCGACUGGUUCAAUAUGAAGAUGACUGUAGGGAUCAACUCGCCCUUGAACUUCGAGACAACUCAGCUUCAUAUAUUUAGCGUCACAGCUUCUGACUCGCUACCGAACAACCAUACGGUCACCAUGAUGGUGCAAGUGGAGAACGUAGAGUCUCGGCCCCCUCGCUGGGUGGAGAUCUUCUCAGUGCAGCAGUUUGACGAGAAGACUAAUCAGAGCUUCUCCCUGCGCGCGAUAGACGGGGACACGGGAAUCAAUAGGGCCAUCAACUAUACCCUCAUCAGGGAUGACGCUGACGACUUCUUUUCCCUGGAGGUGAUUGAAGACGGAGCUAUUCUGCACGUGACUGAGAUCGACCGCGACACGCUUGAAAGAGAGCUUUUCAACCUCACCAUCGUUGCUUACAAAUCUACUGACGCGAACUUUGCAACAGAGGCCCAUAUUUUCAUCAUCGUCAACGACGUCAACGAUCAGCGACCCGAGCCGCUGCAUAAAGAAUACAGUAUUGAUAUCAUGGAGGAAACUCCAAUGACUCUAAACUUCAAUGAAGAAUUUGGAUUCCAUGAUCGAGAUUUGGGUGAAAACGCUCAAUACACAGUGGAACUUGAGGACGUGUUCCCCCCAGGGGCAGCGUCCGCAUUCUACAUCGCGCCGGGGAGCGGCUACCAGAGGCAGACCUUCAUCAUGGGCACCAUAAACCACACCAUGCUGGAUUACGAAGAUGUCGUUUUUCAGAACAUCAUCAUUAAGAUCAAAGCAGUGGACAUGAACAACGCUAGCCACGUGGGCGAGGCGCUGGUGUACGUAAACCUGAUCAACUGGAACGACGAACUUCCCAUCUUCGAGGAGAGCAGCUACUCCGCGUCGUUUAAGGAGACCGUCGGCGCCGGCUUCCCGGUGGCCACGGUGCUCGCCCUCGACAGAGACAUCGACGACGUAGUAGUGCAUUCAUUGAUGGGCAACGCUGUUGACUACCUGUUCAUAGAUGAAUCAACGGGAGAGAUCUUCGUGAGCAUGGACGACGCCUUCGACUACCACCGACAAAACACUCUAUUUGUUCAGGUGCGCGCUGACGAUACUUUGGGCGACGGCCCACACAACACAGUGACCACCCAGCUGGUGAUAGAACUGGAGGAUGUCAACAACACUCCUCCCACCCUACGCUUGCCCCGUUCGACUCCAAGCGUCGAGGAGAACGUUCCCGAAGGAUACGAGAUAUCCCGGGAAAUCACUGCUACCGACCCGGACACCAGCGCCUACCUGUGGUUCGAGAUCGACUGGGACUCCACCUGGGCCACCAAGCAGGGCAGAGAGACCAACCCUACUGAAUACGUCGGGUGUAUAGUUAUCGAAACGAUAUACCCCACCGAGGGCAACCGGGGUUCCGCCAUCGGGCGCCUCGUGGUGCAAGAGAUCCGGGACAACGUCACCAUCGACUUCGAGGAAUUCGAGAUGCUUUACCUCACCGUCCGCGUGAGGGACCUCAACACUGUCAUCGGAGAUGACUACGAUGAGGCGACGUUCACGAUCACAAUAAUCGACAUGAACGACAACGCGCCGAUCUUCGCGAACGGAACGCUGACGCAGACGAUGCGCGUGCGCGAGCUGGCGGCCAGCGGCACGCUCAUCGGCUCCGUGCUCGCCACCGACAUCGACGGCCCGCUCUACAACCAAGUGCGCUACACUAUACAACCUAGAAACAACACUCCCGAGGGAUUAGUGAAGAUUGACUUCACAACUGGUCAAAUUGAGGUGGAUGCGAACGAGGCGAUCGAUGCAGACGAACCCUGGCGCUUCUACUUGUACUACACCGUCAUCGCCAGCGACGAGUGCUCCCUGGAAAACCGCACGGAAUGUCCUCCAGAUCCCAACUACUUCGAAGUUCCAGGCGAUAUCGAAAUAGAAAUCAUCGACACAAACAACAAAGUGCCUGAGCCGCUCACUGAGAAAUUCAACACGACGGUGUACGUUUGGGAGAAUGCCACGAGCGGCGACGAGGUGGUCCAGCUGUACUCCCACGACCGUGACAGAGACGAGUUGUACCACACGGUACGAUACACGAUCAACUUUGCGGUGAACCCCCGCCUGCGGGAUUUCUUCGAGGUAGACCUGGACACUGGUCGCCUUGAGGUGCAUUACCCGGGGGACGAAAAAUUGGACCGCGAUGGGGAUGAGCCUACACAUACUAUCUUUGUCAAUUUCAUCGAUAACUUCUUUUCUGACGGUGACGGUAGGAGAAACCAGGACGAAGUUGAAAUAUUUGUCGUUCUAUUGGAUGUGAACGACAACGCUCCUGAGAUGCCGUCGCCUGAUGAACUCCGGUUUGAUGUUUCCGAAGGAGCAGUUGCUGGUGUUCGUGUACUCCCAGAAAUCUACGCACCUGACAGGGAUGAACCAGACACGGACAACUCGCGUGUCGGUUACGGAAUCCUGGACCUCACGAUCACCGACCGAAACAUCGAGGUGCCGGAUCUCUUCACAAUGAUCUCGAUUGAAAACAAAACUGGGGAACUUGAGACCGCUAUGGACUUGAGGGGGUAUUGGGGCACUUACGAAAUAUUCAUUGAGGCCUUCGACCACGGCUACCCGCAACAGAGGUCCAACGAGACGUACACCCUGGUCAUCCGCCCCUACAACUUCCACCACCCUGUGUUCGUGUUCCCGCAACCCGACUCCGUCAUUCGGCUCUCUAGGGAGCGCGCAACAGAAGGCGGCGUUCUGGCGACGGCUGCCAACGAGUUCCUGGAGCCGAUCUACGCCACCGACGAGGACGGCCUCCACGCGGGCAGCGUCACGUUCCACGUCCAGGGAAAUGAGGAGGCCGUUCAGUACUUUGAUAUAACUGAAGUGGGAGCAGGAGAAAAUAGCGGGCAGCUUAUAUUACGCCAGCUUUUCCCAGAGCAAAUCAGACAAUUCAGGAUCACGAUCCGGGCCACGGACGGCGGCACGGAGCCCGGCCCGCUUUGGACCGACGUCACGUUUUCGGUGGUCUUCGUACCCACGCAGGGCGACCCAGUGUUCAGCGAAAAUGCAGCUACUGUUGCCUUCUUCGAGGGUGAAGAAGGCCUCCGUGAGAGUUUUGAGCUGCCGCAAGCAGAAGACCUUAAAAACCACCUCUGCGAAGAUGACUGCCAAGAUAUCUACUACAGGUUUAUUGACGGCAACAACGAGGGUCUGUUCGUACUGGACCAGUCGCGCAACGUCAUCUCCCUUGCGCAGGAGUUGGACCGCGAGGUGGCCACGUCAUACACGCUGCACAUCGCGGCGAGCAACUCGCCCGACGCCACUGGGAUCCCUCUGCAGACUUCCAUCCUCGUUGUCACGAUCAAUGUAAGAGAAGCGAACCCGCGCCCAAUUUUCGAGCAGGACCUUUACACAGCGGGCAUUUCGACGUUGGACAGCAUUGGCCGGGAAUUGCUUACCGUCAGGGCGAGCCACACAGAAGACGACAUCAUCACGUACAUCAUAGACCGUGCGAGCAUGCAGCUGGACAGCAGCCUAGAAGCCGUGCGCGACUCGGCCUUCACGCUGCAUGCGACCACCGGCGUGCUUUCGCUCAAUAUGCAGCCCACCGCUUCCAUGCACGGCAUGUUCGAGUUCGACGUCAUCGCUACGGACACAGCUUCUGCAAUCGACACAGCCCGUGUGAAAGUCUACCUCAUCUCAUCGCAAAACCGCGUGACCUUCAUUUUCGAUAACCAACUUGAGACCGUUGAGCAGAACAGAAAUUUCAUAGCGGCCACGUUCAGCACCGGGUUCAACAUGACGUGCAACAUCGACCAGGUGGUGCCGUUCAGCGACAGCAGCGGCGUGGCGCAAGACGACACCACCGAGGUGCGCGCGCACUUCAUCCGGGACAACGUGCCCGUGCAGGCACAAGAGGUCGAAGCCGUCCGCAGUGACACGGUGCUGCUGCGCACCAUCCAGCUGAUGCUGAGCACCAACAGCCUGGUGCUGCAAGACCUGGUGACGGGCGACACUCCGACGCUAGGCGAAGAGUCUAUGCAGAUCGCUGUCUACGCACUAGCCGCGCUCUCCGCUGUGCUGGGCUUCCUCUGCCUCGUACUGCUUCUCGCAUUGUUCUGUAGGACGAGAGCCCUAAACCGGCAGCUGCAAGCGCUCUCCAUGACGAAGUACGGCUCGGUGGACUCCGGGCUGAACCGCGCGGGGCUGGCGCCGGGCACCAACAAGCACGCCGUCGAGGGCUCCAACCCCAUGUGGAACGAGGCCAUCCGCGCGCCCGACUUCGACGCCAUCAGUGACGCGAGUGGCGACUCCGACCUGAUCGGCAUCGAGGACAUGCCACAGUUCCGCGACGACUACUUCCCGCCUGGCGACACAGACUCAAGCAGCGGCAUCGUCUUGCACAUGGGCGAAGCCACGGACAACAAGCCCGUGACCACGCAUGGCAACAACUUCGGGUUCAAGUCCACCCCGUACCUGCCACAGCCGCACCCAAAGUAACUGCCAGGGUAUAACCUGUCCAGGGUGCCUACGCCGCGCGCACACGCGUUUAUCAUCGGGAAACAUUAGCAUGAUAUUAUUAGUAAAGAUACCUAUGUACAUAUUGUAAAUUGUAACAUAUCUAUUUUUAUACAAAUAUAUUUUAUUUAUAUUUGCUA